AUGCUCAGGUCUUCGGCAUUAAAAGUCCUCACAGCCCUCGAGACCCCUCGCUUCGUCGCAAACGCCGGCUUCAACGGCAUCUUCAUCGAUCUCGAGCACUCCACCCUGUCCCUCGGCACGGCCAGCGAGCUCUGCGUCACGUCCAUGACAGCCGGCAUCUCGCCCUUUGUGCGGGUACCGGGCCAUGUCGGGCGAGGUUUCGUGCAACGGGUUCUCGACGGCGGCGCCCAGGGUGUUAUCUUUCCCCACGUCGACACUGUCGAGCAAGCCCAAGAAGCUGUUAGAGCGUGCAAGUUCCCUCCGCUCGGCAAGAGAUCCAUUACUGGCACGCUGCCGCACUUCGGCUACAAGUCUGCCUCUGUCGACAAGGUCAUCGAGGUCGGUAACGCGUCGCUGUCUUCAGUGUUUGUCAUGAUUGAGAGCCCGGAAGCCGUGGACCGCAUCGACGACAUUGCCUCUGUCGAAGGCGUCGACGUCAUCAUGGUCGGCUCAAACGACCUGUCUAUUGAGCUCGGCAUUCCCGGAAAGUGGGACAGUCCCGUCUUUGACGGUGCUAUGCGCAAGAUUUCCCAGGCUGCGAAGCGCCACGGACGACUUCUCGCCCUCGCCGGUAUCUACGACCGUCCGGACAUUAUUCACAAGUGCAUCCAUGAGUACGGUGUCCGGUGGAUCGUGGUCCAGCACGACAUGUCCAUGAUGGCCAAGUUUAUGAGCGCAGCAGUCGAGGAUGUUGUGGCGCUGGAAGAAACAAAGAUACGAAAGGCGUAG